GCAGCUCCAGAGCUGUGAGGCGUCCACCAGCAUCACUCCCCGUGUGAGGUGGCCAAUGCAACAUGCUCUCCAGCUUGGGGUGUCUACUUCUCUGUGGAAGUAUUGCACUUGCCCUGGGAAAUGCACAGAAAUUGCCAAAAGGUAAAAAGCCAAACCUGAGAGUCCAUAUCAACACCACAAGUGACUCCAUUUUCUUGAAGUUCCUGCGCCCAAGUCCAAACACAAAGCUUGAAGGUUUUCUCCUGGGAUAUGGCAGCAACUUAUCUCCAAACCAAUACUUCCCUCUUCCCACGGAAGGAAAAUACACCGAGGCUGUAGUAGAUGCAGAACCGAAAUAUCUGAUAGUUGUGCGACCUGCUCCUCCUCCAAGUCAAAAGAAGUCAUGCUCAGGUAAAUCUCGCCCUCGCAAACCUCUCCAGCUGGUGGUUGGCACGCUUACACCAAGCUCAGUCUUCCUGUCCUGGGGUUUCCUCAUCAAUCCUCAUCAUGACUGGACAUUGCCAAGUCAGUGUCCCAAUGACAGGCCAGAUGCUUUAUCACUUCAAGCUGUGAGGCAGGACAUUCCAACUUCAGCCAGUUCUGGUGAGCUGCUCUUUAAAACUCUUGGUUAUUUUCAGAGGAAUACCCAAUUCAUUGAAAAGCCAGCAUAUGUCCCAAGGAAGCUCAUCCCAAUAACAAUCAUCAAGCAAGUGAUUCAGAACGUUACCCACAAGGCUUCAACUAAAUCCCCAGAUAAGACUCCCUUUGGAGGAACAAUUCUAGUCCACCUUAUUAUUCCAGGUCUGAAUGAAACCACUGUAAAACUGCCUACAUCUAUAAUGUUGGAGAUUUCAGAUGCCCUAAAGGCACAAUUAGCUAAAAAUGAAACAUUGGCAUUACCUGCUGAAUCUAAAACGCCAGAGGUUGAAAAAAUCCUAACACAACCCAUAACAGUAACUCCUGGAACAGUUCCAAGAAGCACUAAACCCACUGUGUCUAGUGCAUUCGACAUUUUGGAAACAACACUAGUUCUCAGUGAAAGGACCCAGGAAGCAUCGCAAACAAUUCUAAUACCUAGGUUUGAAUUGCCACUGAGCACUUUAGCUCCAAAAAGGCUUCCAGAAUUUCCUGAAGCAAAAACAUCCUACCCUUUUGAGAAACCUGGGGGUACCUUGGCUUCAAGUGAAAAGCCAUGGGUGGCGCCUACGGCUAAACCAUCUGAAGAUGCCAAGGUUGUGCGGCCUCCAACUGCAACAAGUGAUCCUAUUCUGGAAUCUGUCCCACCUAAAACUUCUAGAACUCUUGAACAGCCAAGGGCAACAACAUUGGCUCCAAGUGAAGUACCAUUUGCUUCUCAAAAAGUGGAAACAUUUCCCAGUCAUGAAAUGAAACCUACAACACCUGCUCCCCAGCAGACUAUAUCCACCCCUUCUACACCUAAACGUCGCCCCAGACCCAAAGCAACAAGAACCAAACUUACUCCAGAACCUCAGACUCUUCCACCAUCACAAUCAACAAAAGCUCCACCAAAGACCAAAAGACCAGGUCGUCAACACCACCCUAAAACCACAAGACCGGGUCGUCGACACCGCCCUAAAACCACACGUAGUCCAGACGUGCCCAAGUCCAAACCUGCUCUGGAACUCACCACAGUACAGUUGGAGCUUAUGGUACCCACAAUCGCACUCAAACCAUCCAAGACACCUCAAAUCACACACAGACCUGAUGUACCCAAAAUCCAGCCUGCUCCCAGGCAGACACCCCAUGUGCCACCCCAGCCCCAAACACCACAGCGCCCAAGAUUUCCACAAACACAACCAGUUCCUAAAGCGUCCCAGAGAGCUACUUCAAAACCAAAAAUGCCAUCCAGUCCGGAAGUGUCAUACACCACACCUGUUGCAAAAGAUGUGUUCCUUCCCCAGAAACCAGACCUUGAGGUCUCUCAGAGUGAACCUGCUCCUUUAGAGACACGAGGCAUUCCCUUUGUACCUAUCAUUUCACCAAGCCCUUUUCAAGAGGAGCUGCAAACUACACAGGAAGAAACAGACCAAUUCACCCAAGAACUCUUCACAACUAAGAUUCCACGAACAACUGAACUGGCAAAGACAACUCAGGCACCACACCGAUUAUAUAGUAUUCCCGGGAGGCCAAGGAUACCUGACAAACCACACAUCAGACCUGUUCUGAAUAGAACAACUACAAGACCAAUUAGAAUCAAACCCAGUGGGCUGCCCAGUGGGAAUGGAGUCAAAACAGGAAUCAAACAAACACCUAAGCCAUCGAGUACUGUCAAGAAUGUAUCAAUAGACUCUACUCACAUCACAAAAAAACCAGCUACAAUCCCAGGGGCUCGCCACCCACCCCUCCCACCAAGACCUACACCUCCUCGAAGAAAACCUUUACCACCAAAUAAUGUCACUGGAAAACCCGGCAGUUCAGGAAUUAUUUCAUCAAGCCGAGUAACUUCCCCACCCCUGAGGGCAACACUCAAACCUACUGAAACCCCCUCAGAGAGACCAGAGAUAGAUAAAAAGCAGCCAACAGCUCCUGCCUCUGGAGAAGAGCUUGGUAAUACAACUGACUUUAGCUCAAGCCCAACAAGAGAAACCGAUCAUCUGGGAAAGCCCAGAUUCAAAGGUCCUCAUGUGAGAUAUAUCCCAAAGCCUGACAACAAGCCUUGCUCCAUCACUGACUCCAUCAAGCGGUUCCCUGCGGAGGAAGCCACGGAGGGAAAUGCCACUAGCCCACCACAGAACCCACCCACCAACCUCACUGUGGUCACUGUGGAAGGGUGCCCCUCAUUUGUCAUCUUGGAUUGGGAAAAACCAUUAAAUGACACGGUCACUGAAUAUGAAGUUAUAUCUAGAGAAAAUGGAUCAUUCAGUGGGAAGAACAAAUCCAUUCAACUUACAAAUCAAACCUUCUCCACAGUAGAAAAUCUGAAACCAGAUACAAGUUAUGAAUUCCAAGUGAAGCCCAAAAACCCACUUGGUGAAGGCCCAGCCAGUAAGACGGUGGCAUUCAGUACAGAAUCAGCUGAUCCUCGAGUGAGCGAGCCCAUUUCUGCAGGAAGAGAUGCUAUCUGGACUGAAAGGCCCUUUAAUUCAGAUUCUUAUUCCGAAUGUAAGGGCAAACAGUAUGUCAAAAGGACAUGGUAUAAAAAAUUUGUUGGAGUGCAGCUGUGCAACUCUCUCAGAUACAAGAUUUAUCUGAGUGACUCCCUCACAGGGAAAUUUUACAACAUAGGUGAUCAAAGAGGCCAUGGAGAGGAUCACUGCCAAUUUGUAGACUCAUUUUUAGAUGGCCGUACAGGACAGCAACUCACUUCUGACCAGUUACCAACUAAAGAAGGCUAUUUCAGGGCAGUUCGACAAGAACCUGUCCAGUUUGGAGAAAUAGGUGGGCACACCCAAAUCAACUAUGUCCAAUGGUAUGAAUGUGGGACCACAAUUCCUGGAAAAUGGUAGAUGCUACAAUCAUACUCCAAAGUACUUCUGAUUCAUUAUUGGGGGUGCGGGGGGGGGGGAGAAUCAUUGAAAAUACUGUAGUAUUUGUCGGAUUCAUUCAAAGCUAUUUUGUUUACUAUGGAUAAAACUCUGCAACCUAAUUAAUGGCAAUUUUAGAUGUUUAUUAGAAAAGAUUGCUGAGAAUAUUUAUCAGGUUUUAUAAAGUCAGUUUAUGAAAGCAAGACAUUGACACUAUCAGAAUAACAUUUUUAGGGAAGCUGGCUCCCUAUUCAUGGUAUUUUAAGAGAUCAUUUGUAUAUUAUUUAUCACAUUGUUGUAAUGUUUUUGAGAUACUUUUAUAACAAAAUUAACAUCAAGUUAUAUACUUAAAAAUAUUUACUUUUAUUGAUGUGUACACUUUUGUUGAUGAGUUAAUCUCAUAAAUCUCUACUUACUUUAACUUAUUGGAGCAAAUUAUCUUCAGCAUAUACAUCUGGUAGAAAAAGGUUCUAAUGUUCACAUAUAUUUAAACUCAACCAUGUUCAGCUGUUGUUAAAAAUAUUGAAAUUUAAAUAACUAUAUAUUCAUGCUAAUAGAUUAUUUCCAUAAGCUCUCUGUAAUUAUUGAAAAAACUGUAUUUGAAUCAGUAAAGUUUAUUUCAGCUAAAAACUGUUGAGGAUUUGGUAUACUUACUUUCAAGAGGAGUAUUUUGGUUUUCCUCCUAUAAAUGUUCUAACGUCUAAAGAUACUUUGUCAAACUAUACCUUUAAGCAGUUGUCUUCAUGUUAGUUUUUAUUCUAAUCAAGCUGUAUGAAAGAAUGUUAAGUCUGAACACGAAAAGAUAAUUCAGAAUGAGAUCUAUACCAUCUUACAAAAUACCUGAUAUAUAUUUAUACAUUUUUAAAGUCUGUAUGAAUAAAGGUGUUUUUGUAAUUCUACUCAACAGAGUUAUAAUAAAAACCAGAUUAAUUUUCAUUUUAAAAAAAGACAUCCCUGGGGAGGUAGACAUGAUUAUCCCGUUACCUUCUUUUUUGAAAGAACCUUUCCGUGUGCUUACCUUUCAACGUGCCUCAGUCUUAUCAGUGCUACAUGUUGUAUUUUUCAAACAAGUAUAAACUUUGCAAUAAAGAAAUGUGUUUUGGUUGUUUUUUUUAAGAGUUGAGCCUUUUAUUUCUGACUGUUCAGCAGUAUGAAAAUAUACCUUUAUCUCCAUAAGAAAAAAAUCACAAAGUCAGGACUAAAUGGCACCAUGUUUUUCUGAACAGAAAUCUGC